ACUUCCCUCGCAGGGUUGUCGGCGCAGCCGCAGUGCUCCGGUGGGUGCCCUUAACCUUGCGCGGUUUGCGGCGCGGCCCGAGGAUCCGGCGCACGGUGUGUGCGCGCGCGAGAAAGAGAGGAGAAACAGAAGGCGACGCUCGCGGGGGAGCUGCGCCCGCCCGCCUCCCGCGUGGAAGCAUGUCUCUGGUGGCGGAAGCUUUCGUUACGCAGAUAGCAGCUGCAGAACCUUGGCCUCAGAACGCAGCAUUGUAUCAGCCGCUGAAAGACGAACAAGUUUUGCUUUCUGAUAAUGCUGCUUGUCUUGCUGUUCAGGCCUUUUUGCAAAUGUGCAACCUGCCAGUCCAGGUGGUUUGUAGGGCAAAUGCUGAAUAUAUGUCCCCAUCUGGGAAAGUGCCCUUUAUUCACGUAGGAAAUCAAGUUGUUUCUGAACUUGGCCCCAUUGUCCAGUUUGUAAAAGCCAAGGGCCAUUCACUUAGUGAUGGGUUGGAUGAAGUCCAAAAAGCUGAGAUGAAAGCCUACAUGGAAUUAGUCAAUAAUAUGCUUUUGACAGCAGAGCUGUAUCUUCAGUGGUGUGAUGAUGCUACAGUCCAGGAGAUUACCCAUCCAAGAUAUGGAUCUCCUUAUCCUUGGCCCUUGAAUCGUAUUCUGGCCUAUCAAAAACAAUGGGAGGUCCGACGUAAAAUGAAAGCUAUUGGCUGGGGCAGCAAGUCGCUUGAUCAGGUGCUAGAAGACGUAGAUCAGUGUUGCCAAGCCCUUUCUCAAAGGCUUGGAACGCAGCAGUAUUUCUUCAAUAAGAAGCCAACUGAAUUAGAUGCUUUGGUGUUUGGGCACCUGUUUACAAUCCUUACUACCCAGCUGAUCAGUGACGAACUAUCGGAGAAAGUGAAAGGCUAUAGCAACCUCAUUGCAUUUUGCAGAAGAAUAGAGCAGCACUACUUUGAGGGGCGUGACAAAGACAGCUUGGCAACUGUUCCAUCUCCGACGUUGAGGCAGUCAUUGAUGACCUGAAUGUUCUUUGGUGGCAGAAAUUUGGCAAAUGGAUCUUUGAUUUGUGCAUUGUUUAAAAGAGACUAGUAACGACUUUGGAAAAUUGGAUGCACUGCACACUUUCUGUUUGAAAACUGCCAAAACUGUUGUAGCCCAAGAGUAUGUCCUUGUGACUAAUUCUAUAAACACACAUUACGAUGAAAUAAUUAAGAGUGGGCUUUGUUGUAAUAUUAGCCUGCAUGCUGUUUUAACAUAACUCUAAAGUGUCCUUGAAAAACAACGUUGUAUCAGAAUUCAACAACAAUAAAAUUUAUGACAACUCUGCAAAAA